AGUGGAGCCAGCGUGGACCCGGAAAUGUCCUUCCUGCCACGUGACGUCACACGAAUUCGAUCACAUGACAAACUCGGAGAAAAAGAAAACAGUAAAUAUUUCAGCCUGCGUUUUCACUUUGGGAGAGAGAAAGAUGGGGUCAGCUGUCGAGAGGACGGAUGAACAUGUCCGAGAAUACUUGAUAUAUCGUGGUUUCACCGGGACACUGAAGCACCUCGACUCUGAUAUGAAAGCAGACAAGGAGAAAGGAUUCAGAGUGGAUAAGAUCAUUGAUCAGCUUCAGCUGUUCAUCCAGACCUUUGACCUGAAUGGCCUGAAGGACUACUGGGGUUACCUGGACCGGAGACUGUUCUGUAGACUGGAAGACAUCUACAGACCCACAGUCUCCAAACUACGGACCAGUCUCUUCAGAUACUACGUUGUUUACACUGUACAGUUGAAGAACAUAGAGAAGACACAGGAGUUUUUCCAGCGUCAGGCUCAGGAGCUGCAGGGCCAGCCGGAGUGGCGUGAUUGGUUCAUCCUGCCGUUUAUGCCCGCCCCCGAGCAGAACCCCUUGUUCUCGCCGUACUUCUCCCGUCAGUGGUCUGACACCUUCCUGGUCUCACUGCACAACUUCCUCUCUGUGCUGUUCCAGUGCAUGCCGCAGCCUGUGCUCCUGAGCUUUGACUCUGAAGUCCAGAGGACCACUUGUCUACAGGAGGAGAAUGAUCAGCUCAGACACAUGGUCUGUUUUCUCAUCUAAUAACGGGUCAUAUCCUUGCAAGCCAGUUUGUGCUUAAUACCAGAGAAGCUGGAAACUCAAAACAAGCAGGAAGAGAUGGUGCAUCACAAACUCCCCCCCUACGUACAAAACAUGGACCGCCUCGGAGACACUGAGCUGGACCUGGUGACGAGCCAGCGUAACCCCGCCCUCACCACCACCCCUUCCAGGAACUUCUUCUCUACAUUCCUGCCCCAGGCCAGACGGGUACCUGGCAAGAUGCCUCGAGGACUUCCUGGGUCCUCGCCAACACAGGCCUCGCUGGGACGCAAGGACACCGCAGCCAAUCAACCCAAGGACCCAGUAGCGGCCUCCAAGGAGCCCAGGCCGGUCUGUAGCGCUGGGGGAACCAGUGAUCAGCAGGCUGGGUCUACUUCCCACCCCAGACAGAGACGACACCAGGACCACGAGAAGGAAAGGAAGGAGCUCUUCUCCAAGCCACAAAUUCAGGUGCCUGAGAAGAGAGGGGAGAGUGGGGACCCAGAGCCUCAACUCGAGGGAGGGACCACCAGCAGUGACCCGAUAGACUCUCCUCCCCCCAGCCAGACACAGGUCAGCGGGGAGGGACAGAGGGGUACAGGGGUGCUGGGGGUGGAACAUCCCUUCAUCAAGCUCAGUCAGGAAGAGUACGGAGAGCAUCACUCCUCGAUCAUGUACUGCAGGGUGGACUGCUCAGGGAGGAGGGUAGCCAGUUUGGACGUGGACGGGGUAAUCAAGGUGUGGUCCUUCAACCCCAUCAUGCAGACCAAGGCCACCAUCAUGUCCAAGUCCCCUCUGCUGUCCCUGGAGUGGGCCACCAAGCCCGACAGACUGCUGUUGCUGGGCAGUGGUGUUGGUACGGUGAGGCUAUACGACACUAAUGCUAAGAAGAACCUGUAUGAGAUGACCAUAGACGAGACUCAUUCACGGAUCCUGUCCCUGGCCUGCAGCCCCAGCGGGACAUCCUUUGUGUGUUCUGCAGCAGCACACGCUGGGCCUGGGCGCUCUGGGAGUGUGACAGAGACAGUACCACGGCUCCCCAAUCACCUCUCUGUCUCUGGACAGCUGCUGCUCUGGGACACCAAGACCGUCAAACAGCAGCUUCAGUUCUCUCUGGAGCCUGGUCCAGUAGCCAUCAACUGUACAGCCUUCAACCACAACGGAAACCUACUGGUAACUGGAGCUGCCGACGGAGUAAUUAGACUGUUCGACAUGCAGCGUUAUGACUGUGCUAUGAGCUGGAGGGCCCACGAUGGGGAGGUGUACAGUGUUGAGUUCAGCUAUGAUGAGAAUACGGUGUUCAGUAUCGGAGAGGACGGCAAGUUUAUCCAGUGGAACAUUCACCGAUGUGGAGUGAAGCAGUCUGAGAACUCCCUGCCCCAGGAUGCCACGGGACCCUUUGUCCUGUCUGGCUACAGUGGGUACAAGCAGGUCCAGGUGCCACGCGGACGGCUGUUCGCCUUCGACUCCGAGGGACAACAUGUCCUCACUUGCUCCAACAACGGAGGGCUCAUCUACAGGCUGAACAGCUCCAGUGAUAGUGGUCUGGAGAAGGUUCUACCGUUGGGGGGCCACAAGGCCCCUGUGGUCACAGUGGACUGGUGCUCUGCCAUGGACUGUGGCACCUGCCUCACCGCAUCCAUGGACGGAAAGAUCAAACUCAGCACUUUACUGGCGCAGAAAUCCUGAUUGGUCGAAAUUUAAAGGCCUCGAGGGAGGGUUCCUCAUUGGAGGGAAGCAUUUUAAUGCAGCAUCACACUAUUGAAGCCGAUGUAUUCUCCAGUAGCGUUCGUCUUAAAUAACUAACUUUGUACUGACCUAAGGCAGUCAACAACAUAUCAUGGAUGAAACAGGGCUUUGGAAAAUCAUAAUAGGAUAUUAACAAUUAGAAUAAAAUCUAACUCAUUCCUUACCUGCACGUGGUGUUCAGUCCAUGUGAGAGACCAUGUUAUAUUUGAUGUAGUAGAGAAGUUGUGGCUAUACAAUCUGAACUGGUUGUUGUGAGAAUUUGAAACUUUGAGAGGCCAAUACAUCUGUCUGAGGCCGACACCAUGCAGAAGUGGAACCAUUUCUGGCUUUUCUCAGUUUUGACGCAGUACUACAACUCGUGAUCAAGGGCUGUUUGUUUAAUCAUGUAUGUGUGUAUAAUCGCUUGUGGAUUGUGACAAUAAAUAAUUUGUAGAUA